AUGGACAAAGUAACACGACAAGUUGGACAAUAUGUAGAAUUUGAUCCGGAAUGGGAAACAGCAUUUAAUUUAGUUAUCAAAAUUCAAUCAAUUAUUUCAUCCAUAUUAGAUUGGUGUACACGAGAUAAAGAAUUAUUACUUGAUGCAUAUGAAGCAACAGGUUUUGCAUUAGCAGAAAUACAAAAAACAAGUGAUGUAUCACAUUUAAUUAAAGAUAAAAAUAAUUCAUCUAUUGUUAAAACAACUGUAAAUCAUCUUAAAAUUGAUUGUUAUGUAUAUGAUGUUGCAAAAUAUCCAAUAUCAGUGCAUAUUUCUGUUGUUAGAUUAAUUGUUGCUCUUCAUAUUUAUCUUCAAAAAUAUACAAAUACAGCAACAACAUUUAAUAACCUGUGUGAAAAAUUAACAAUCUAUCCAUGUUUUAUAUAUGAAGAAGCAUUACGUAUUCAAGUUCUUUGUGCUCAACAUGUUGCUGGUCUAUGGAAACGAAAUGGUUAUUCAUUAUCUAAUCAAAUUUAUUAUUAUUCAAAUGUUAAAUGUCGAAAAGAAAUGUAUGAUCGUGAUAUUCUUGCAUUACAAGUUGGUGCUUCAUUAACACCAUCUGAUACAUAUUUAAUUCAACUUAUGCAUAGAUUUAAUUUAUUAGAAUGGAUUCGGUAUGUAUUUAGUUUAAGGCAAAAAAAAAUUUCCAUAAUAUUCAAGGAUCAAAAAGUAGAUUUUCGCAUGACGAGGGAUUUCACAGUCACCCCUAUACCCUUCUGGGACAUCGAAUUCGAAGAAGUCAACAAACAAAACAGUUUUUCAACUGGCAAUUAGAAAUAUUGAAUCAUAGGUUUAAAACCGAUGAAAUAAAUUCGAAUCAGUUACUGGUCGGAUUACAUUUUAUUGAUCGGAGACUAAAAAAA